AUGAGUUGUUUAUUAUUUUUUAAUUUUAUUCUAUUAAUUUUUGCAAUUACACUUCUCAUAUUGGGUAUAACAACAUCAAGAUGGCUUAUUCUUAUUGAUAAUAAUACAGAUCAUAUAAUUAGCGAAAAAUCAAAUGGUAUUGUAUCAUUUUGUCAACGACUUUAUCGUCAAGGUAAUACAGAUAACUAUUUAACUGUAAACAAUGGAACAAGUAGUAUUGAUAAAAAUAUAUAUGAUGAUGCUUAUAUAUGUUAUAACCGAUUACUCAAAUGGCAUAAUGCAACUAUAAUUGGACCUGAAUUAUUAGAUUAUCAAAAAGCAUUGAUUGGUAUGUCAUUUGGUUGUGUAUUCGUUGCUAUCAUUGCUCUAUUUCUUUCUCAAUUAAUCAAUACAAAUACAUCUUUUAACAAUUUUCGUUUUUCUAAACAUAUGGUUGAAUGUUUAUUGAUUGCUGAUAUUCUUGCUGUCGUAUUGGCAUUGAUAACAUUGGCAUUAUUUCUUGGUUUUGAACGUCUUCAAACAUUAACAGCUUAUGGUUACUCAUUUUGGUCAUUUGUAGCCGGUACAUGUUGUAUAUUCAUUAGUUGUAUUCUUACAGCUGUUUAUCGUAUUGAUGUUGAAUUUGAAUUUCGUCGUUAUCGACAUGAAUCAGUAGCAACACUUUGCUAA